AUGGUGUCAGUACUGACAGUCGAUGAGCUGCUCGUUGUUGUCGUUGUGGUCAUCGUCGUCGUCGUGACAGGCAAAGAGCUGCUAGAGCUGCUGCUUGAGGACGAUGGAGAAGAAGAGCUGGUGGUGCUGGUAGUAGUGGUCACUGGCAUAGGGCUGCUUGAGGAGGAAGAAGAACUGCUGCUGGUGCUGGUGGCGGUGGUUGUCACGGGCAAAGAGCUGCUUGAGGACGAAGUGGACGUGGUAGUCAAGGUAGUUGAUUGUGAUGCGGAGCUGCUUGCAAGACUUGAUGUUAAUGUUGACAUGUUAGAUGCACUGCUAGACAUGCUGCUCGAUACACUGCUAGAUGUGCUGCUUGACGUACUGCUUGACGUACUGCUGGAUCCUGAGAGUAUGUUAGUAGAUGAGCUCGAAGAUGUAACCGAAGAUGUGGCUGGGCUAAAUGACGAAGAGCUGAUGCUUGAGGUUAAAGAGGUUGAAGUAAAUGAACUUGUAGAGCUGGGUGACGGGAGACUUGACGUCGAUAUGCUUGAGCUUGCAGAACUAGACGAUGAAGGGCUAGCAGAUGUAGAACCGGUGGAAAUAGAACCACUAGAUACAGAGCUGGCGGAUGCAGGACCAGUGGAUGCAGAACCGGUGGAUGCAGAGCCAGUAGAUGCAGAACCAGUAGAGGUAGGACCGCUGGAGACAGAGCUGGUUGAGGUAGGACCGCUGGAGACAGAGCCAGUGGAUGCAGAGCCAGUGGAGGUAGGACUGAUGGAGGUAGAGCUGGCGGAUGCAGAACCAGUGGAGGUAGGACUGACGGAGGUAGAGCUGGCGGAUGCAGAACUAGGAGAGGUGGGACCAGUAGAGGUAGAACCAGUAGAUGCAGAGCUGGUAGGUGCAGAGCUAGUAAAGAUAGAGCUGGUGGAUGCAGGACUAGUAAAGGUAGGUCCAGUGGAGGUAGAGCUGGUGGAGGUAGAACCAGUCACUAUUGAGCUUAUAGGACUUGACGAUGAGAGGGUAGAGGUCACUAAGCUGGUUAGACUGGAAGAAGUGCUAAAGAUACUAGACGUUGAUGUCGUGAAGCUUGAACUGGAAGAAAAGCUGGACAGAGAUGAGGUGAUGGUUGAACUUGAAGAGACUGUAGGAGUUGUGAAAGCAGAUGUUGUUGUGGGUGAGCUUGUAAGACCGGAAGUUGUAGAUACAACGACCGAAGUUGAGCUAGAGCCAGAAGAAGAGCUCGACGCCGCUAUGGAAGAGCUCGACGUCGUCAGGGAAGAGCUUGGCGUCAUUAGGGAGGAGCUCGACGUCAGUGAAGAGCUCGACAUCAUUAAGGAAGAGCUCGACGUUAUUGAGGAGCUUGACGUCGUUAGGGAAGAGCUCAACGUUGGUAAAGAGCUCGACGUCAUUGAGGAGCUCGACGUUGGUGAAGAGCUUGACGUCAUUGAGGAGCUUAACGUUGGUGAAGAGCUUGACAUUGGGGAAGAGCUCAAUGUCAUUGAGCUCGACGUUAUUAAGGAGGAGCUCAACGUCGGUAAAGAGCUCAACGUCAGUGGAGAGCUGGACGCCGGUAGAAAGCUGGACGUUGUGGAAGAGCUAGCCAACGAUGAAAUGGCCACAGAAGUCACACUUAACGUUGCCACACUUGAGAACACAGAAGACGAGCUCGAGCCUAGCGUGCUCAGUGUGGGCAGAGAGGAAGAAGACGUCGAACUGAUUGGGGCCGCAGAGCUCGAUGAAACUAUGGUACUGGACGACAAGGUGGCUUGA